AGCAGUUUUGUCAAAAUCAUGCUUUGCAAGAAUGAUAGGGACACAUGAGCUGUGAGUUAAAGGGGCCGGCAUGCCAGGUAUUUGAGUCUUAUGUUGGUACAACACGUAGAUUACCGAGAUACACCUGUAUAAUUUACUCUGUAGACAUUGGUCGAAAUGCAGGUAAAAUUACCUGGCAUUGCGUAUGCCAUGUUUGUGCAAAUCUUAGGAUAACAAAGAGAACUUUCUUUAUUCAAACAAACCACUGUUAGAGUGAUUUGAUUAGGUGAGUCCUUGGCGUGCGUAUCCACACUAUAUUGUUCUGAUUAAUGCGGCAUUGGCUCAACCUAAGAAUGCAUAGAUUUGCGGGGAAUUAAUGUCAGAAGUAAAUAUUCGUAAGCUGUUGAACUGGGUUCAAUGCCUUGGAAAUUUUGGAUGGUAAAUAACCAAGGAACAGGAGCCAUUUAUAAUUCCGAGACCAGCUGCAAAAAUUGGAAACGGUGUCAAGGUUCAAUGCAAACAGUUCAUCAACUGAUAAUUUGGAAAAGUUUUUUCUUGUGUUUUCUUUCCGAGAGUUGGAGUGGUGUUGCAGUUUAUAUUUCAACAUCUGUUUUAUUCCGGAUUUUAUAACCUGUGUGAAUCAUCCUGCUGCAAUUUCUGCUGCAAAAAUCGAUUAGUUUUGUUUAUAGAACAUUCACCAGGUAUCUUCUAGGAGGGGAAAAAAAUUAUCUUCCAAGUGAAACUUAGACAAGAUUACUGUAUUUAUAGGAGAGAUAAAGGGAGUAAUGUGCAUUAUUUAAUGUCUUAUCUGAUGUGAAGAAGUGAUUUCAUAUUCAAAGCAGGAUUUUAUGACCAGCAAAAAACAUUCAGAAAAUUUGCCAAGGAUUUCAUUUUCAUAUCAGUGUAUAAUUUUUUAAUGUGAUUUACUUAGUGAAGGAAGUUUUUCCACAAAAUAUUCAUCCCCCCAAAAAUACAUAACAAAAGAAAUACAAGUGUGUUAUUACCAAGAUAUCAUGAUGAUCAAUUACUUUUUCAAAAUAUAAAGGAAGCCUCAAGAAUAUUAAUAAAUCAUGCAUGAGAAGGCUGGCAUGACAAAGGCGAUUUCUAUGUGUUUUCUACUGGAUUGCUUGGAUAAAUACAACAGUGGUUAAAAUUGGAACAAAUUCAUUGAUAUUAUGAAGUCUGUCCGGUCGUGUGACAUACUGUUAAGUAAUAAGGCAGACUUGAAGUGAUAAACAGAAAUCUUGUUAUAUCAAAGAGAUAGUAAAAAUGACCAGCACUGCAGGGCAAAAUGAUAUUUACCAUGCUAGGAUGGUUCAAGUGAUUGGUGUGACCCCAGGUCAAAAUUCCACACAGGUACAAGGACAUAGCAGGACAGUAUAUUCACAGCCCCAGGAGGGACAUUCGGACCUGGUUAGUAAAGAUAUCCAUCAUCGACACCAAUUAAACAUUUCAUCACAGCAGGGGAAGAUGGGAAGUGAUGGGGACAGAACUCCACCUCUACCCCCAAGGGGGACCAAAUGUGGUAGCAAAAUUACUUCUGCACAAGAGCGACUGAGUCUUCAUGCUGGAAAUAGAAACUUUUUAACAAAAUAUUUUGAACAAAAUUCUUACGCACAAGAAACUAAAACUGUGAAUGGGGGAGUGAAACAGCUGAGGGGAAUUCUUAAAAAGACGGAGACUUCAUCAUUUCAAGGAACUGAAAAAGGGAGGGAAACCCCUCCCCCUGAAUUGCCUCCUCGCAUUCGCAAAAGGCCAGUAUCACCUCCAAAUGGAAUUAUUAAAAAGGAAACUGUUGAUAGGCAUAAUGGUGUUAGGACACAUCCUCAGCCACUUACUAAGACUAAUGUGACGAAACAUGAUCAAAUUUGGACUAAAGAAGAAAAGGAGAAGCCUGUCAAUGGAGUGUUAAGUCCUCCACUGAAUCACAUCACACCAGAGUCAACAGAGGAACUGUGGAAGAAAUUUGACAUGCUGGAUGUCUUGGAUUCUGCUAGUGAUCAUAGUGAUUCCUCAGCGGAUACCAUGAUCAUGAUGACAACAGCGGAGGAAGAAAAGAACCAGACAAAAAUCACACAGAGCAUGCAAAAAUAUAAAACUCAAAAGGAUGAGCAAACAAUUUUCAAUAACAAUAUGCAAAUUCAGUUUCAAAGUCCUGUUAAUACUGAACCACAGGAGGCUGAUAAAAAAUCCACCAAAAGCAUCAGCCAGCUGUCUCCGAAAUCAGAAGAUACAGAUGAUGGAUAUGGAACAAAUUCAAGUCAAGGAACAACAGUAUCCUCUCCUUUAUCCUCAAGUUUAACUUCUCUGAAUGUGAUUUCAGACACAGACAUUUCUAUUGUUCAUGGAGCUCCCAAGUUAGCCACAGCUACCUCAACUACGCAGCAGGAUAACAGUGCAAUUCAAAACUCCUCCAAAACUACCUGGGCAGUCCGACGCAGGACCAAAAUGGCUGAAGCCAAAGAAGAAUCUAGCUCCUUGCAGGAACAGCUUCGACAACUUGCCAUUAUUGAAGAAGAGGAUAAUACUCAAGCAAAUGAUGUUAGUGAAAAUAGUGGUGACAGAGUGUCAAGAUCAAGGAGUUCUAGUGUUAAAAUGAGGCAUUCUCCUCAAAAUGUUACAAGUGCAGAUGACACGCUGGAAUCUGUGACCUCUGACCUUGAAAAAUUUGAAGGUGAUUUAUAUGACAAAAUGAUCGAUAUGGAUCGCAAUUACAGGAAUUACUAUGGAUUUGACAAGGAUUUUGAUGUCAAAACAGAGGAUUCCAAAGUGCUUUACUUCCAAGACAAAGUGUUAAAGCAAAAUUAUGGAAGUGAUAAUUAUUAUAACCCCAGAGGAUAUUAUGGGAAGGAGUAUGGAGAACAGAGCUGUGAAAGACUGGGUCCACCACCCAUGUCUUCAGUUGGAUCCCUGCCACGAAAUGUGUCACUUUCUCGAGACUAUAGUUCACAAGAGAGUUCCUCAUAUAGAUCAAACUCAAGUUCUGGGGUUGGUUCUGUUGAUGGACGUUUCUAUCAACUCACAAAUAUGAGUAUGGACAAUAUUCGAGUUCCGAAAAACUUGACUUUACCUGGAAUGCCAGGAAAAGGGCACUUUUCAUCUUCUGAUAAUUUAACUCAAAAUGGAAGAAGGCCCCUAUUUGCAAGUUCUGCAGACAUCCAAAAAUUGUUUCAAACUCGGGACAAUAUCAGUGAUCAGUUACAGAGACCAGCAUCUUGUAGGCACAGUUUCCAUGCAAUGCCUUGCACUCAACAGUGGAUAGUGGAUGCUCAAAAUGAGGCCAGUACGAAUGAACUAAGACCAAGAGCAGCCUCUGCUAGUGUCUCUUCCAAAUCUAAAUCUUCAUGGAAUCCUUUUGGAGGAAUGUUCAGUAAAAAGAAGAACAAAUCAAGUGGUUCAAAUCAGGAUGUGGCAGGUAAGAAGAAGUCAAGUACGGAAACAAUUCCACCUCAGAAACCCAUUAUCAAGUCUGGAACAAAUGUUUCAACCUUGCCAGAUGGACCAUUGAGACGGUAUGCAGAGAAGAGAGGCUUCGAAGCCCUACCUAAUGGCAGUGCCUAUGAUAAACCAUUUAGAACUGUGAAACAUGUUGCUCCUUCAGGCACAAAGUUGUCAACACUGGUGUGAAGAAUUUGUUCCUAAAUGGUUGACAAGCAUUUAAGAGUUAUCUUUCCUGAUCAGCAUGUUUAUUGGGAAGUAGUAAUCAUGGUAAUCAAUAACAGAUUUUAUCAUCUCUUUUAUCAACACUGUAAUAAAUUAUCUGCCAUUUUGUCAAACUAACUUAUAUAAAUCAUUCAGUUUCUCAGGGGUUCCAUAAAUUUAUCAUUGUUUCAAUGUUUUAAUUUCCAUAAACUUUUAAGAUACCAACCAUAUAUCAUCAUGUAAAAAUACUGAAUUUUUUUGUCAAUUCAUGAAUGUAUUGUAGCACUGGAUCUACAAAAAUAUUCUGUUUGAAAUUAAUUCAGUGAUCGACUUGCAUUUUUGUAUUGCACAUUUUUUUUUACAUGUAGCAUUUAUUGUAUUGUUAAUGUUUGUUAGUUUUACAUCCAUUUUGAUUAUUUCCAAACUCUGCACAGAGAUAAAAGUUUCAAAGUAUUCAUUGCCUUGGCAAUUUAUUUUUGUACGGGUAUCAAUAUUUUAAAUUUUGUGCAGGAAUUGAAAAAAAGGGCAAGCUUUUUUCGUUUCAUUUUAAGACAUGCAGUCAUGUAUUUUUAAGUAUAGCUACAAUUUAAUAAAGAAUUGUUGUUAUAAUUUUUUCAAUUAUGACUUAUUGUUUCAGAAAGAUUGAAAGAAAUAAACUUUAUAAAUACAUGUAUAUUCAGACACCUAAGGAAUUAUUACUUGGUGUCUUUGAUGUGAAUCUUGCAAGUCAGAUUAGGUAAAUAAUGAUUUUGGAUUUUUUUUUAAAAUGAUUUGAAUUCUAGUUUAAAAAAAAUAAAUUGCCCUAGAGAUUUUUAAAAUUAUGAUUUUUAAUGGUUUGUUCAUUUAAGGAUUCCAAUAUUAAAAGCUUGCUGACUUUAACACUUGUAUGCAGGCCACUGUCUAGAAAAUUAUACAGAAUGAUUUUGUGUAGGAUUUUUGUCUCCACUAAACUUCUUUAUGCAUGAAGAAUGCAAAUUAUAUACAUACUAGAACAUGAUGUAUUAAAAUGUAUUAAAAAUUUAAUCCAAAUAUCAUCACUCAUUUUUAUCCCAAUUUUUUUUAAUUAUUGCUGCAUACAAAUUAAUUUGUUAAUUGUUGAAGAAUAUUAAGUAUGAAUGUUUACAUGUGCCAUUCUUGCAGCUUUUGUAACCUUGUUUCUGUUGAGUUUUGUGGCCACAUCAGCUAGGAUGUACAUUUGAUUUUUUUCAAGCUAUAUGAUAUCAAUUUUAUAUAGUGCUACUAGUCUUAACUUCAGAUUGGUUUUAUAUAAACUGUAUGGUUAUCUGCCCUUGGUUUUGCGAUGUAAUUUCAUUGUAUGUCGUGGGCCAGACCAGAGCCUUGUGCUGAUUCACUUAAACUUAACCAAUUUAAAAUUUUAGAUCUUUACAUUAUUAGGUCUGAAAAAUUAUUCACUGUACUUUACUCAACAAUUACAAUCAGGAAAUACCAUUCAAAAUUUCAGAUAACAAUGUUUCAUUUGGAAAAUUUACUCAAUAUGUACAUGUACUGGUAUAUUGUACAGAUUCAGGAUUUUUCAUCACGUCUGUAAUAAAAAGAUAUUCUUUUUAUGCAUAGAUAUGGAACUGCUUAAUGAGACAAGAAGUUAUUUUUACUCCAAUGUAAUUAAGGGCAUUAUUUUAAAAAAAUAAAUAAAUUCAAGUUUUUUGUAAACUGCUGCUGCAAAGAAUAUGUAUUAUGAUUGUCUCAUUUUUUUUUUUUUUUUUUUUUUUGGAAAAAUUUUGGUAGUAAAAACGUAUAAUUCAUAAGUAGUCUCGUACCAAUAUUUUGUUUUUGAAAGGUGUAUUUUUCAAUAAGAUAGAUUUGAGGGUGCCUAUACUUUUACUUAAAAUGGUGGCCUGUUUUUGUUUUUAAUUUGAAGUCCAUGAACUGCAGGAUUUUGUACUUGUGAACACAUCGAAUUUUCUGUGAUAAAAGAUUGUGAACAUUUGACAAAGGUUUGGACUAGGUAGGUGUUCUCAAGCUGCUUGUACAGGUGUAUUUUAAUUCUAUCCAUAUAGCAUUUACUGUCACUAAAUCAAAAAUAAACUAUAUGUCUGAUA